AUGGAGUGUUGUAGCCUCUGCGGACCACAUCCAGAGGUGCUUCUAUGCGACGGCAUUGCGGGGCUUGCUUGCGCUGACAGCACGCGUCAGAAGGGCGGGCUUGCCGGAACCAAUGCCGCCUUGCUUCGGCCCUUCACAGCGCCAAGUCAAGGCUCCGAUGAAGUCAACGUACGGAAAGUCAUGGAGGCUAGAAGCAACUACCUGGCGGCGUCUCUUUCGGGAGGGGGGCUGAAAAAGCGUCUCAUGCGUCAACCCGAGCUUCGGACGCUUCUAGCGCGGUUCAGCGGACACCAUGCUGCUGACCCAGAGCUAGGGAAGACGCUGAGUACACGAGAAUACAAGGAGCUUCUGGAUCCAGCCGAUGCUGAUGCAGACCUAGUGUUCUUGCACUGGCGCCGGCAGAUCCCGGCUCAUCAGGUUGGCCAGGUUCGGUCGAAGAACAAAGCCGUGCUCGAGCUGCUCGACGGCAUCGAGAGAGAAGCGAUGCAAGACGAGCCCCAAUGGCCUCCCCGCUGCCCCCGCAGAUGGGCGGAACUGCUCUACACUCUAGGUGCCCCAUAUUUGCUCUCGGAUGACUCCAAUCUCAUCCAACACGGGAAAGCCUUGGGGGUGGUCCGUAAGCUGCUCCUCGGAGGAGCCGCAAACGAUGAGGACAGGGUCGUGCUUUCCGAGCAUUCCCCAAUCCUACGCCGGCUAUUGGACCAUUACGGAUGGAAACAGAAACGCCCUCUGCCGCAAUACGAACCGUUCGAAGACGACCUUGGUAGGUCUCGCGAGCACGACGAGGAGCAUCGGUGUCGGAGCGGGCUCACCGUUGGAGAGUUCGAUGCCAAGGUCGCUCUGGAAAGCGGGUUAAAGAAGAAUAAGCGUCUGCAACGGCACACGAAGGGCGGCUUUGUCUUUUCGUGCCCUCAUUGUGUCAUCUGUGGCUUCCACGUCAUGCUCCGCGGGGGUCGCCGCGAGACCCAUUGA